UCUGCUGGAGGGGCAACCCCCCCCCAACCUAUACAUAAAUUCCUGCAACAACACUUAACAAUUGGUCUGGAACGAACCCACCUGGUGAGAUGGCUCCAGUCUGCUCCAUUGACCAGCCUCGCCUACUCUUGACUGCAUGGUGUUUACAGGCCUGCACCUCUGAUUGGAUGGAAGGAGGAAGGACAAACUCCUGAUUACGGCUUUAAGGGUCAGGCUUUGAAGCCCUUUCGUGGAUUCCUCCUGUGUCUUUUUUGAAGCAGCUCUGAGAAAAUUAUGGAGUAUCAGCUGGCUGUCACCGACAAGACAAUCAAGAUUGGCGAUGGGAUCCUGGUGAUGGGGAGAGUGACCCCAGAUGCCAAGAGGUUUGACAUCAACCUGGGCCGGGAUCGCCACAACCUCCUCCUCCACUUCAACCCUCGCUUUGAGACACGCGACAUUGUGUGUAACUCCAAGGCGUGUGGAGUGUGGGGCCAGGAGCUGCGAGAAUCGCUGUUCCCUUUCCAGCAGGGAGAAGAAGCCAAGAUCUCCAUCUCCUUUGACGCCAGGGCGGUGACGGUGACGAUGCCAGGAAACAAGGAGAUCAAGUUCCCCAACCGGCUCGGAAUGGAUUCUGCACAGUUCUUCUCGGUGGCUGGAGACUUCAAGAUCAAAUCCGUCAAGUUUCUGAACUAUUAUGCUCCCUUUGCAGCUCUAAACUAGCUGGGGGAAAGAAUGUGCAAA